AUGCAGGUCUUCGUCAAAACCCUAACCGGCAAGACAAUCACUCUCGAGGUGGAGAGCUCUGACACAAUCGACAACGUCAAGGCCAAGAUCCAAGACAAGGAGGGAAUUCCCCCCGAUCAGCAGAGGCUCAUCUUCGCCGGCAAGCAAUUGGAGGACGGCAGAACCCUAGCCGACUACAACAUCCAGAAGGAAUCAACUCUUCACUUGGUUCUGCGAUUGAGGGGUGGUAUGCAGAUCUUCGUCAAAACCCUAACGGGGAAGACCAUAACAUUAGAGGUCGAGAGCUCUGAUACGAUCGACAACGUGAAGGCCAAAAUCCAAGACAAGGAGGGCAUCCCCCCAGACCAGCAGAGGUUGAUCUUCGCCGGCAAGCAAUUGGAGGACGGCCGCACCCUUGCCGACUACAAUAUCCAAAAGGAAUCGACCUUGCACUUGGUUCUCCGAUUGAGAGGUGGUAUGCAAAUCUUCGUCAAAACCCUAACCGGGAAGACCAUAACCCUAGAAGUCGAGAGCUCUGAUACCAUCGACAACGUGAAGGCCAAGAUCCAAGACAAGGAGGGCAUCCCCCCAGACCAGCAGAGGUUGAUUUUCGCCGGAAAGCAAUUGGAGGAUGGCCGCACCCUUGCCGACUACAAUAUCCAAAAGGAAUCGACUUUGCACUUGGUUCUCCGAUUGAGAGGUGGUAUGCAAAUCUUCGUUAAAACCCUAACCGGGAAGACCAUAACCCUAGAAGUCGAGAGCUCUGAUACCAUCGACAACGUGAAGGCCAAGAUCCAAGACAAGGAGGGCAUCCCCCCAGACCAGCAGAGGUUGAUUUUCGCCGGAAAGCAAUUGGAGGACGGCCGAACCCUCGCCGACUACAACAUCCAAAAGGAAUCGACUUUGCACUUGGUUCUCCGAUUGAGAGGUGGUAUGCAGAUCUUCGUCAAAACCCUAACCGGGAAAACAAUUACUCUGGAGGUCGAGAGCUCCGAUACCAUUGAUAACGUGAAGGCCAAGAUCCAAGACAAGGAGGGUAUCCCCCCAGAUCAGCAGAGGCUUAUCUUCGCCGGUAAGCAAUUGGAGGACGGUAGGACCCUUGCGGAUUACAACAUCCAAAAGGAGUCAACUUUGCACUUGGUUCUGCGUCUGAGAGGUGGUAUGCAGAUUUUCGUGAAGACCCUUACAGGGAAGACAAUAACUUUGGAGGUCGAGAGCUCUGAUACGAUUGACAAUGUGAAGGCGAAGAUUCAGGACAAGGAAGGCAUUCCUCCAGAUCAGCAGAGGCUGAUCUUUGCUGGGAAGCAAUUGGAGGAUGGAAGGACUCUGGCGGAUUACAACAUCCAGAAAGAGUCGACUCUUCAUCUGGUGCUCAGGCUUCGUGGUGGCAUGCAGAUUUUUGUGAAGACCCUGACUGGGAAGACCAUUACUCUGGAGGUUGAGAGCUCUGACACUAUUGACAAUGUCAAAGCUAAGAUUCAAGACAAGGAGGGGAUCCCACCGGACCAGCAGAGGUUGAUCUUUGCUGGGAAACAGCUUGAGGAUGGUCGUACCCUUGCAGAUUAUAAUAUCCAGAAAGAGUCCACUCUCCAUCUUGUCCUUCGUCUGCGUGGUGGUGAUUUCUGA